AUGCACAGCAACACCUGCCGCUCGGACACCGGCACCAGGCGAGGGAGACACGGGGGCCUCAUCCUCCUGUGUGGCGGCGGCGGCGGCAGCCCGGAGAGCAGGAGGCCGGGAACAAAGGCUCCGCGCCAGCCCCUUCGGCUCCACCUGCCUUCCGCGGCGAUGGCUUCCCUCAGCCUUGGGGGGCUGAACGUCUCGGCCCGUAGGAAGAGCGUCCAGUCCCGCAACGCGGCGGUGGAGAGGAGGAACCUGAUCACCGUCUGCAGGUUCUCUGUGAAGACUCUGAUUGAUCGUUCCUGUUUUGAGACUAUAGAUGAUUCUUCCCCUGAAUUUAAUAAUUUUGCAGCCAUUUUGGAACAGAUUUUAAGUCAUCGUCUGAAAGGUCAGAUCACCUGGUUUGGCUAUGAAAGCCCUCGUAGCUUCUGGGACUAUAUCCGAGUAGCUUGCCGUAAGGUUUCACACAAUUGCAUCUGCAGCAUUGAGAAUAUGGAGAAUGUCAGUUCUUCUAGAGCAAAGGGCAGAGCGUGGAUCAGAGUGGCACUUAUGGAAAAACAUUUGUCAGAAUAUAUUUCUGCAGCUCUAAGAGACUUCAAAACAACCAGGAGAUUUUAUGAAGAUGGAGCAAUUGUCCUGGGAGAGGAAGCAAAUAUGCUUGCUGGCAUGCUGUUGGGACUCAAUGCUAUUGACUUCAGUUUCUGCUUGAAGGGAGAGGGAUUGGAUGGCAACUUUCCAGCUGUAAUAGAUUAUACACCCUAUCUGAAGUUCACCCAAAGUUCUGAUAGCAUCAGCAGUGAUGAAGAAGAGCUAAGGACUCUCGGAAGUAGCGGCAGUGAAAGCAGUACUCCGGAAAAUAUUGGACCUCCUUUCAUCAUGGAUGAAAACAGUUGGUACAACAAAUGCAAAAGGGUAGAACAGAAGUAUCGACUCACCUUGGAGCAGAAGGGUUAUCUUGAAGAGCUAGUACGCCUUAGAGAAACCCAGCUGGCUGAAUCUGUCUCACAAAACAAAUUACUGCUACAGAGGAUUGAAGAUAUGGAUCUAGCCCAUAAAAUGGAGAAGGAACAGCUGGAGUACAUAAUUGUAGAGCUGCAGGACCAGCUAACUGUGCUAAAGAAUAAUGAUCUGAGAUCAAGACAAGAGUUAACUACCCACCUCACCAAUCAAUGGCCUUCCCUGGGAGCUCUGGAUGUCAAUGCUGUUGCCUUGGAUACUCUACUCUAUAGAAAGCACAGUCAACAAUGGGAUGAGAAAAGUUUUCAAAGUCUGGACCAACUCUCAGCAGAAGUUAGUCUUUCUCAGACAUCUCUGGAUCCAGGUAAUUCACAAGAUGGAGAUGGAAAGGAAGAUGGAUUAAAUUUACUAAGUGAAGGGAAGGAAGACACUCCAUCACUGCUUGGUCUCUGUGGUUCUCUGACUUCUGUAGCAAGUUAUAAAUCUCUUACAAGUCUGAAAUCAAGUGAAUACCUUGCAAGUCCUACAGCAGAGAUGACAAGUCCAGGUCUAACUCCAUCUUGAGCGGAUAUACAUAACAGGAAGAGCUUUUGUGUUGUAUGCCAGAAUUUGACUUGCUGUGAAGACUCUUAAAGGUUCAAGCAAGCUAAAGAAUAUGCUGCUUUAUUUUGUCCUUUUUUCAUAAUGAUCUAUUUAAAGAAAAGUCACAAAACUUACAUCCAUUGUUUGUCAUGCUUUUCUUUAAAAGGAUUUUUCCCGGACUUACUCUUU